UAUUUUUUGGUGGGAUACAAAAUUAUUGAUAUUGGAAUGAAAAACAAAAAGAAAAACAUGGAGGCUAUAAAUAAAGCGAACACAAGAAUCCAUCUCCAAGUAAACAGUGUCUUUGCUCUUUCCCCUUCUCCGGGAAUAUACCCUCAUUGCUUAAACCCACAAUCAUCCUUACUCAUAUUUCCCACUAAACCCUAAUUUGGUUUUGGAUUACUUCAUCUAUCAAUUGCAAUCUUUCUUUGAAAUCGUUCUUCACCUACAAUGGCUGAUCAACAAACCCUAGAUUCUCCUACUCCUCCUCAAUCCGUUGAUCCCUCUCACUCCCACUCUUCUUCUUCUUCCCCAGCUCCUACCCUCUUAAGAACUUUCUCCUCUAGUCGCCUCAAUGCUAAUGCUCCUGAGUUCGUUCCUGGUCGAACUACUCCGCCGUUGCCUCAGCCGAGGAUGAUGAUCCCACCUCCGCCUCCUCCUCUGUUUCUUCAUAUGUACCACCACCCUCCUCCGCCGCUGUUUCAUGUUCCUAUUACUGGACCUAUCCCAUUCCUGCCUCACGAGCGGCGGAGGAGAGACCGUAAGAAGAAAGAUCAAGCCGAAACUGGAGCUUCUGUUUCUUUUGAUCCUAAGAGUGGUUUACCUGAGGAUACGGUCCAGAAGAUAGUGAACCAGGUCGAAUACUAUUUCAGCGACUUGAACUUGGCCACAACAGAUCUUCUGAUGGGAUUUAUCAGUAACGACCCUCAAGGAUAUGUGCCUAUGCAUAUAGUUGCAUCUUUCAACAAAAUUAAAUCAUCCAUCAACAGUAACUCCCAGCUUGCCACAGUGCUACAAAACUCCUCAAAGCUUGUUGUUAGUGAAGAUGGGAAGAGAGUAAGACGCUUAUAUCCCAUUACCGAGUCUGCUCUAGAAGAGUUACAGUCCCGAAUAGUGGUUGCUGAAAAUCUACCUGAGGAUCAUUGCUACCAAAAUCUGUUGAAGAUUUUCUCAGCUGUUGGAAGUGUGAAGCACAUUCGGACCAGCCAGCCACAAAACUCUGGCAGUGGUCCUCCAUCAGCAGCUAGAUCAGCCAAAACUGAUUUCAGUAACAAGGUCCACGCCUUUGUUGAGUAUGAGAGAGUUGAGUUGGCAGAGAAAGCAGUCGCUGAAUUAAAUGAAGAAAGAAAUUGGAGUGGUCUUAGGAUACGGUUGAUGCUGCAGCAUGAGACAAAGGAACCAAAACAUGUUCUUCAAGAACGAGGAAGAAAGGAAGAAGAUGACGUGAUGAGAACAAUUGAGCAAGGACGUGGACAGAAUCAUUAUGGGCGUGGGAAUCAUCAUGUUUCAAACAAUCCAAUGAACAACAAGACAGAUCAAGUGAGCAUGGGGAAGCAACAGGGACCAAGAAUGCCAGAUGGCACAAGGGGAUUUUCGUUGGGUCGAGGAAAACCGGUAAGUGUUCAUGCCAGAGUGAACCGUAGCUGUCCACAAAAGAAAUAGUGUAAAAAUGGAGGAAGGGAUUCGAUUAGUUGUUAGAAGAAUAUUAAUAUCUGAUCCACAGAGAGAGAGAUUGGUCUUCUUCUCCAAAAGGAAAAAUUGUUCCUUGGAAUUUGGGAGUUAGAAAAGUUUUGCCACACUUGAAAAAA